UCUCCAUCAGCCUCUUCAAAGAUGUGAUGAAGGCCGUGGUGGGGAUAAACAAGAAAAAGAUGAAGAAGAGAGUGCAGAGGGUCCUGCUCCCGCUCUUCCUCCACAUGAGCGACGAGAUCGAGAGCGUGGCACAGGCCUCUAGGGACACCCUCCUCGCCUGUGCCGAGUUCCUGGGGUGGAGGAAGCUCAGCCACCUGGCCAAGACAAACCAGACGCACCUGAUCGGAGAGUCCUUGUUAGUGCAUGACAGGAGCAGGGCGGAAGACUAUCUGUUUCAGAGCCUGCAGUACCUGCGCAACGCUCAGGCCACCUUGCGAGAGGUGGCUGUCAGGUUCAUUGGUGAGCCACGGCUUGCCGUGCAGCACCUGAGGAACCUAAGUCAGACCAAGGUGUGGAAUGUCUGCAACGCCCUCUUGCCCUUGAGGAGAGACACGGAGCGCUUGGUCAGCUCCCUGGCAGCUCAGACCGUCUUCAAACUGACAAAACGCGUGAGAACACGAGGAUGGAGCCUGCGGUGGCUGUGCUGCUGUCUCGGCUGA